AUGUUAUCCUUGAGACUGCUUCCUCCGGCAGCCGUUGGCAUCCACACGGGGUCUGGAAACACCGUUGCGUGUGACGCCUUCCCAGUCCUCUGGCGCUGGGUCUUCACAAGCCCGAUCGCACUACGUUACGUCAAGAUAGGUGCGCAUUCUUGGACGAAUCUGAAAAGGCACCCGCCACAAGGCUGCCUCACACUUGUUGUUGUCAAUGAUAUUCGCUCGGUAGGACAUGAAGGAUUCUUCACUCAUGACGACCUCGGUUCCGAGAAACAGCUCAAUCUGGGCAACUCCCAAGUGAGACGUCGUUUCUCGCAGCAAACUUCGGACGAACAUAAAGACAUCGACAGCAGGAAUCUGCAGAAGCGACAUGGCCUCCACAGCGGUGUCCACGUCAACGCAAUCUCCGACGCAGGAGGCUCACCUCAAGCGGAUUCCCAAUCUCGUGACAACCGCCUAAAGUCGACUCUUGUUCUGAUCAAUCAAUCAAUCCAUGCAGGUCGCGGGCGGAAGAUACGCUGUGUAUGGCAGGCGCCCACGGACAAGGUCUGCGCGGGCUGCAAGGCUCGAGGCCGAGAAUGUGUGCCACAGGUGUAUCAACGACGUUCCGUCAACUCGGAUCGCUUGACUUCGCGAGACCGUAUCUCUCGCCUUGAGGCGCAGAUUGCGAACUUGACUUCUUCGGCCACUGAGAGGAAAUCGAGCUUGACCUCGCCGGUGGACGAUGAAUACCACGACGAUGAUGACGGGCCUGAUACGCCUUUGGACGACUCAGAGGUGGUUGACGAGCCGAGCGAAGGCCCAACUGCGACUCCUCCGACGCAUCUCAAAUUCCUCUUCGACAAUGCUUUGAUAGGACCUGAACAGUAUGAUGAGAACCCUGGUGACGACCUAAGCAAAGCUCGAUGUUCGCCUCGCUACCUGGAGCAAGCUCGUACCAGACUGCAACGUCUGAUGCCUCCAAGAAAAGAUGUAACAGUCGCUGCAAGCUACGCUGAUCCGUGGAUGAAGCUCUACACAACAUUGUUUCCAACUGAAGCCGCCGUCGGGACAAGGAACAAUCUUACGACUGACUACGAGCCCAUGCUUACACCUGAUGCCCACCCUGUCCAUAUUGCAUUCUACUUGUUGACAUUCGCCAUCACGGUCCGGCAAAUACCACCACCUCACGCGCAGGAGCUGUCGUUGAGUGGUUGGGAAAACGCUUCCGUCUAUGCAAGAGAAGUCUCGCAUGCCGUGGAAGCGACCAUCAUUGCCCAUACGGGUAUCGCUAGCACGAUAGAUGGCAUAGAGACUACCGUGAUGUACCUUCGUCUACAACUCGGCAUGGGCAACAUCAAACCUCUGUGGCUUACAUUACGUCGCACCAUUGCAAUAGCUGAACUCAUCGGCCUGCCACGAGCCUGGUACACCAAGAACGACUCUCAAAUUUCCGCUCCAACCCCAGGAACCACCUCUUCAAGCUCAGAUCGAAAGCGAAGUCAGCGGGUCAGCCUAUGGGAAGCAAUCUGCGCUACAGACCGCAUGGCAAGCAUGAUGUUCAACCUCCCAGCUGCUACUGCCACUCAUAAAUUCCCACGGCGACCGAUCAUCUCCCCCGAGGGCGAAGUCGUAGUAUCUCCAUACAUAUUCGAGCUUGCUGGCCUCGCCAUGGAAAUCCAAGAACUUGACGAGCAAGUGACACUGUCACACCCCAAGGAGAAGAUCUAUGAGAGGGUACUGGCCAUCGAGGGCCGUUUACGCGCUUUGAAGGCGGAAACGCCCAGAAAUUGGUGGGCUGAAACCCCAUCAGAGCUUCACGCCGGCCAACUCGUCCAAUUCUGGCACUACUACCUGACGACCCGAAUCCACUUGCACCUGGCCAUGAGUAAUGACGACCACGAUCAAUUCGCAUACAGCCGACAGGCGUGCACUGAAGCCUGCGAGAGCAUGGCCCGGCGAUAUUGGUGCCUACGUCGACUUUUACCCCGCGGUUUCUUUGUAUGUCGAAUCAUCGAUAUGCAGAUCUUCACCGCCGCGGCCUAUCUUUGUCUUUCGUGCAUACGACAACGGCAGAACAAUGAAACAGCCGACCAGACUCGUAUAGGGUUCAUCGAACAGAUCGUGGACACGAUGGACUUUGCCGGUGAGCAAAUGGGAGGGGAUUUUGUCCGAGAAGCAGCUCCUGCAGUCCGUUCUUUGCUGGCGCUCGUGAAAGACCCAAAUGGCGAGGCAGCAGGGCCUCAGACCUUGACGCUUCGAAUUCCACUUCUCGGCAAGAUACGUAUCGGUCGUCAGAAGCUCCACCAAGGCACUCCAAAUGUGCAGCCCGAAGUGCAACAGCAGGCGAUGAGCUACCCCUUACAACCGGACAUUGCCCAGCAAGGUGACUUCAAGGAUCCGAUCCAGCAAGCGGCUUUCCAGCAACAACUGCAGCCCACCGGACAGUUCAAUAUGGACGCCAACAAUACGAUGCCCUGGUUGAUGGAGCUGGAUAUGAAUGCGUCCUCCCUGCAGGAUCCGUUUCUGCAUCAGGAUUUCCAUGAGUUUGAGCAGUGGUUGGGGAUGAAUAACAACCCCUGGGGAUUGUCAGUAUGA